CAUCCCGGUGUGUGAAGGGGGCUGGACCAGAGGAGCAGGCUGCAGAAACAACUCUGGCGACACCUGCAAACAAACUCCUAACCGACUCUCUCCCGGUGCGAAGAGACGGGUGAAGCUGAGACAAACAGUAACUCGGAGUAAGGGUGUGGAAAGUGUUAUUGCUUUUUAAGCGGAGGAGCAAGCAGCAGAGAAAUUUUUUUUUAAAGACAACAAGUCGUGCGAUUUGAGUUCACGACAGAUCGGACCGAGAGCGGAGAGAGACUACAGGGAAAUGGUGGAUGGAAAGAAAAUGGAGGUGAACAGAAGAGAGGUGCCUCUAUAUGGACAGGUGGAGGCCCAUGUAAGGUUACAAGCCAACCCUCCUGAAGACGCAGAGUUUUAUGUUGUUGUACAAGGCUCUAGACUUACACAUGUGACUGCAGCAAAAACAGGAGAUGAUGGGUUGACCCUUUGCUUCAUAGUUCCAGGCCAUGCCCUUGUGGAAGUUGUCUCUGUCACAUCCUACUUUUACGCAGAGGACCAAGUCAAGCCAUGCGAGGGUGAAGCAUCUCUUGAAUACCUCAGGGACGUUGCCCAGGAAGCAGCAGAAUACCUGAGUACCAACAGGGACCAGCUUGGCCCCCAGAGCUACCUAGAAAUCCUGAAGAGGUUUUCCACGUGGGCGCAGGCAGCUGACGAGGAGCUCUCUGUUGUAGGGUUAGACCGCAAUGAGGAGGAUGUGCAGCUCAGACAAAGGUCAGGUGCUGAAGCUGGUCUCAGGCAGCUGGAUGAGAAGAUCACACAGGCUAUGGCCAACAUGGAUUACCCUCAGCAGUGGAAAAACACUGACAGUCAACCUAGAGAAGCUUCUGAGCUUCAGCCCAAAGAAACCCUCCUUCACCUUGCAGUGCGUUUGGGUUUGGUCCAUCUCUCCCGUUUCUUAAUUCACCAACCGAGAGGUCAAAGGGCAUUGACCUUACCCAAUCAGGAGGGAGACACACCCCUUCAGCUGGCUCAGAAGAGCAGACAGCAUGCCAUGUUCAGGGUGCUGGCAGCUCCUCCAGGUCCUGUAGUCGGCCCUGUUCCAGGUGUGUGGUGUGUGUGGUCCGACAGCUCCUGCAUGCUGAGGUUUUGCCCCGGGACGGACUCCCUGACCCUGACUGUGCGGCAGACACCCGGCAGCAGCCCUCAGGAUGGCAUCAUGAUCUUCCGAGACAGACUGGGAGACCAAGGCAUCCUCAAACUGAUCAAUGAGCUCAAAGCUGAUUGUGAGGUAGACAAGAGAGGCAAAGAUGAAUUACCUCCUAGUGAUGAAGGCAUUAGCAAGGAGCUCCGAGUGGAAGAGAACGCGGUGGUGGACAAUGUUUUUGAAGAACAGCUUGUUCUGUCUUUGGAUGACGAUGUAGAAGAGUACCCAUCCUCAUUAUCUGUAAAUGAGCAUCUGAUGCAGUGCAGUGGAGACCAGAGCCAGUUCACCCAGCGUGCUACAGACCCUCUGCUCUCCAUGAUCAACAGCAGCGAUCAGACCAUCACACAGCGGACACAGGCGGAAGAUGCAGACAUCAAGUAUAGUACAAGUAUAGUCCAUGGAGUGACCAGGGACAGCACAGAAACAGACGGCGGGUUAUGGAACACGAUGGACUCAGAAGAUCUCCUGCUAGCCACUGACACUCCUCCACCCAAUUCAGAAGAUUUCUACCCUCCCUCUGAACCCUGCUCUUCCCCACUUUCACCUGCUGACCAGGCCCUGGCCAGGCUGAACUCUCUUGCCUCCUCUGAGCCGACCAAUCAGAGAGAAAGUCCGCCCAUGGACAUCUGCGACCUCAGUCCCAGUCUAGUGGCUCUGGAAGUGGACAGUGAAGAGGACAGCACUGAGCCAAAGUCUCCGCUUUCCCCGCUCUCGUCAGAUGUGGAGAAAAAUGAAGACAAAAGGGAAACCUUUCGUCCCUCCCCUGACCUUAUUUGCACUCUCACCCAGUCUGCCUCCUCAGCAUGUGAACCCAUCAUGAAAGAAUUGGAUGACCAGGGGCUUCGACUGCGUUCGUAUUCCUACUCUUCCCCCAAAAUUAGUUUGCGUCCUGUUCGUUUUGCUCGGGACAACCACACUUCAGAUAUCAGCCCUGAUGCCGUGCUCCACAGUGUCAGCCACAGCCGAUCUCUCCUUCAGGCCCUCUCUCUGUCUAAAUCUCUGUCUCUGCUCCACCCUGGUAAGCAAAGAGCCUCCAGUCUAUCAGAGCAGUCACAUGAAAAACGGGAGAUUAGGUUCCGUAAGCGUGCACAGUCUGCUGAUGAUGAGGGCAGCAUGGAGCUGGCAGAGUCCCUCCAGCAUCUCACUCUGUCCGAGUUCCUCAAAGAAAUUGAAGAGGAGGAGUUGGACAAGUACAACAUCCCAACAAAGGUGGAGUCAGAGAAGUACAAAGUCAUUCGUACCUUCAGUUUUCUCAAGAGCAGGAUGUCGAGUACACGCAACAAGACCAAGGGGAAGGGGAAGGACAGAGAGGCCAAGGAUAGGCAGCUGAAUGGACAUCGGUUUAACACAGGCUCCUGUUUAGGCCCCACCGUGUGUGUGGUGUGUGAGAAACCAGCCUCUGGAAAGGACCUGCUGCAUUGCUCCAGUUGCACUGCUAUCGUCCAUAAGGGCUGUAAGGAAUCUGUCCCCCCAUGUUUGAAGAAACUUCAGGAUAAGUAUGCGGUUACCAUGGUGAAGGACAGGACAGCAUCCCUCCCACAGAAUUUCACAGUGAGAGACAGUCCUCCUCAGUGUGUGAUCCCCAUCUCUACCUCUCUACCUGUCAUGACCCCUAAGGAGAGGAAAGACACUGCGAUCCAGUCAUGCCCCCUCUCUGGGAGUUUCCCAAACAGUGACAGCAGUCGGCUCAGUGAGAGUUCAGAGACAGAGUCUGAUGCCUGGAAGGUGACCAGCCGAUCAGAAGAGCUCCUGCCGACUCCAAUGUCCUCCACCUCCACUGACUCAUCCUUCGGGGAAGACUGUGUGGACGCGUAUAUCCACAGUGACAUGUCGGUUGAUGCUGUGGAUUACGAGGCUGAGUCGUGGAGUCUGACAGUAGAGCACAAGUUCUGCAAGAAGCAGGACAAACGAGCUGUCAAGAGGCAGGACGUUAUCUAUGAGCUGAUGCAGACUGAGCUUCACCACCUACAGACACUACACAUCAUGGCCGAGGUUUUCCGUCGAGGUAUGAAGGAGGAAGUGCAGCUAGAUACAGAAGCGGUGGAGCGGGUCUUCCCCUGUCUGGACCAGCUGCUUCUCUUCCACCACGGCUUCUUUGCUGCCAUGAAGGAGCGGCGACAGAGCUCAGCCCAGCCCCAGGGACACAGGAACUACCUCAUCCAGCGAAUAGGAGACGUCUUGCUCCAACAGUUUUCAGAUGAGAAUAGAGAGAAAAUGAAGCAGGUAUAUGGAGAUUUCUGCAGUCGUCACAACGAAGCGGUCAGCUUUUUCAAAGAGCUCCAGCAGCAUAACAAGAGAUUUCAGAACUUCAUUAAGCAACAAGGUAAUAAUUAUUUGGUGAGACGGAGGGAAAUCCCAGAGUGCAUCUUGCUGGUAACUCAAAGGAUUACAAAGUACCCAGUGCUGCUGGAGAGGAUCCUACAAUAUACUCAAGAGGAAACAGAUGAGCAUGUCGACAUUUCGAAAGCACUGGUUCAGAUUCGAGAGGUGAUAGCAGCCGUGGACAUGAGUGUCAGUAAAUAUGAGCGGCAUCAGAGGUUACAGGAAGUGUGGAACCGCAUGGAGAAUCGCAGCGCAGCCAAGCUGAAGAAUGGCCUCACCUUCCGCAAGCAGGACAUGAUGGGGCCGGGACAAACGCUCAAACACCAGGGCCUGCUUCUGUGGAAGACCGCCACUGGUCGACUCAAAGAUGUCCUGGCGCUCCUUCUCAUAGAUACACUCGUAUUCCUGCAAGAAAAAGACCAGAAGUAUACGUUUGCCACUGUGGAUCAGAAGCCUCCAGUCAUCGCACUGCAGAAGUUAAUAGUGCGAGAAGUAGCAAAUGAAGAGAGAGGGAUGUUUUUGAUCAGUGCAUCGGCCGCUGGGCCAGAAAUGUACGAGGUCCACACGUCAUCCAAAGAGGAGCGAAACACCUGGAUGAGGCUCAUUAGAGAGGCUGUAGAGAGCUGUCCGGAGGAAGAAGAGGAAUACACAAGUGAAUCUGAAGAGGAGAAGCGAGCUGCUGAGGCUCGUAUUCAGAAGAUCCAUAAGUUACAAGAGAGUCUGAUGAGCCAGGACCAGCGGAUCUGCUCGAGCCUGGAGGAGAAGCUGCAGGUCUACGCAGAGCUCUCUGCUCUGAGAGGGAACAUGCACGCUUCGCUGAUGGAACCGCGACUGCUCGUCCAGCCGCAGUCAGAGGAGCUGCCCCAGGCUGCCGUGUUGCUGGCUGCAGCUCUGCAAGAGGCUGAGAAUCUGAGAGCCACGCUGUCAUCCAAUACCUGUUCUCCAUUGAGUCACAGCGCGGACUCUGACACAGACUCUGUGUUUCCUGUCAGCCCUGCUUCACUUCUACAGCCCCCCUCAGACUCUGAGGCCUCACCUGAAAACCCUGAGGCCAGUGAGGGGGGUUGGACUGAGGCCCUUGUGCUUCAGUCCCAAACUCUCUUGCAAACAACAGACACAAAUGAUGUCGACUUGAAGGUUGCUCAAAGUGUCCAAAGCCUGACCCAGUUACUCUACAGUCUGCAGGCCACGGUGACCAUCCAGGACAGCUGCUAUGAGGUCCAGAGGCUUCUCCUCCAAGAGACUGGGCGCCCUUCCCCCCGCGCCCAGCGACCGCACCUUCCAAGCAUCCGGGGCAACACCCUACAAGAACAGGAGAAGCAGCGUAACCUGGAAAAGCGGAAGGAGGAGGUGGCGGCGGCUCAGCGGCUCCAGGGCCAACUGCGCCAAGAGAAGGAACGCUGGGAGAGGGAGUGCCAGGCCAGGGACAGCCAGCAGGGGGAGCAGGAGAGCAGGCUCGAGGAGAGGGAGAGGCAGUGCCACCUGGAGGCGGAGAGGCUGAGGCGCGAGAGGGAAGAGUUGAAUGAGCAGCUGGAGGAGUACCAGCAGAGCUUGGAGCGGCUCAGGGAGGGCCAAAGGAAUGUGGAGAGGGAGCGCGAGCGGCUAGAGAACCAGCAAAAGUUGCUCCAGACCUGGAGGCACAGCCAGCAGAGGAGUCUACCCACUGUGCCCACUGUGAUUCCUCACAUGGUCAUCCCUCUAGAUGGGCAGCAGGACUCGGCACCAAGCCAGUCCAGAGACCACGCUGGUAACGGCUCCGUGUUUGUGAAUGAGGCUGCGUUCGCCAGCACCAGCGUCAACAACCGCCACGUCCACCACAAAAGAAACGACCCCAGGGCACACAAUUGUCUCAACACCCUGCUGGCAAGAUCCAACAGCAGACAGCCCCCCAUAGCUAAGACUCCCCACAAUCUACACUCAGAUGCUCAGGGAUGGGUGAUGGAGACAGGAUAUCUCUUGAGCCCUGCAGGAAGGCUUGGACUGCAGCACACACCCAGUGAUCAUAACAGUCACAGCUACAUCGGGGAGACCUGGUCGUCGACAGCAAGAGGAGCUGACCCGUAUCCGGUGGUCCCGCAUCCCGGUGACCCUCAGCUGGACCUCAGUCCACUGGUUUCCUUGGAGACUCACAGUGGUGGGGAGGAGGGCAGUGAGGAAACCAUUGUGUACCUCUGAAUGUUGAUACAUUUCAGACUCUAAAAAGCCAACCCAACACUUCGUUCAUGAAGCAUCAGGACUGGAUCCAGGGUGGCUUCAGAAAGCAUUUCUCUCUUUUACAGUCUUUUGUCAUGCUAUUUUUUUUAUAUUUGAAAGAUUGAUUUUGUGGUCUUUUUUGUGAAGUUACUGGAAACACAGAGAGAGAAACAGAGAUAAAGAAACUAUGGUUGUUUCAGACUCAAUCUCACAUGUGUCAUGCACCUUAGCUUGAGGCAUCACUGGGUGUUCGAUGUCUCUUUAUUUUCAGUUUGUGUGUGUGUGUGUGUGUGUUUGUGGUCUUUAUUGACUGGGUCCCUGCAGCCACAUAUUUCCCCUUUCCCCCCCCCUCUCUGCUUCUCACUGUCCUUCCCUCACUGCCUUCCUUUCUCAGGUCCCACAUAUCACGUCCCUCGAGUGCUCUUUUUAUUAAAUUUACCACAGAAGGAGAAAAAGCGUAUAUACCCAAUAUCAACAAAACAUCAGGCUGCAUCUCUCUAGCGGGUGAUUGUCUUGCCAUGGAGUAAACUGCCCCUCUUUUAUUUAUCAGACAGGCUCUAUUUAUGUACAAGCCGAGUAUAACGUUAGGAUUGAAAGAUGAGGUGUGACAACCGCACGUUUUUCAGACUCACUGCCUGCAGCCAUCAUUUAUUUCUUUUUAUCUGAAGCACGUUUUUUCUUGUUAAGAGAAAUAAGCUGUUGUGGGUUAAAGAGAGAUGUUGCAGCCGUGCUAAUAUGUCAGUUUUAUCAGAGCAUAGUAAUUCAACAGCAAAAGCCUGAGAAAGCAUGUUUUGAGCUGUAAAAAGUGAAAGGAAGUGUUGGUGCAGGAAGAUGGACAGGAGGAAAACAUGUUGGGUCAAACCAUUUUAGGUAUUUAUGUAAUAAUUGACUGACUAAAUUUUCAUCUUCGUUUUCUUUCAUUCAUUCAUUUUUAGCCACACUAGCAGCAUGGCUCUACCAUCAGUCAGUCCACCACUUUGGUCUAGACUGAAAUAUCCCAAAAUCUGUUCAAUACUUUGGUAAUGACAUUCCCAUCAGCCUCUGCUGUACUUUGUGUUUAGUGGGAAUUAGCAAAUGUUAGCAUGCAAACACCCUAAUCUAAGAUGGGGUGAACAUGGUAAACAUUGUUGUUAGCAUUGUCAUUGUGUGCAUGUUAGCAUGCUGACAUUAGCAUUUAGCUCAAAGCACCACUGUGCUUUAGUAUACCCUCACAGAGCUGCUAGCAUGACUGUCUAUAGUCUAUAAUUGUUUUCUUUAUUUUCUGUCAGUACUUUAUAAAAAUCCCAUAUUUACUAUACAAGCUGUAAAGAGUGGAAGAUGUCCUAAAAUUUCUUCGCAAGCAGCCAGAACAAUAUGAAGUUUAUGUUGUAAACUAUUACACUUGAAUAUCAUGUAGUAUAUUUACAUAUUAUCUCUCAUGGGCGUGUAAAGAGAUCCCUGUGCCAAUGCUUUAGGUGUCUUUGGAUGUUUUUUUACAGACACUAUAAAAGAUUAAUUGGUUUAAUUGCUGUUGUAGUUUCAACAAUAAGGCAGUGGCAGUAUUUUGAUGUGAUUUAAGUACCAUGUAUAUAUGUUUGUGCUUUUAUUUAUUUAUUACAGUACAAAGAGUUUAAAUGUUUUACAGUGCUUUGUGAAGGGUUGUAUUGUAUAUAGAAGUGUACCUGUGUGAACAGAUGAACAGGUGUGUUUUUGUUUGUUCUAGCUGUGUGCUCAGACAUGGCUGUAUUGAUAAAAUUACUUUUAUUGAACUUGAAAUAGUACUUUGUUUGUCUUUAGGCUAUUAAAUGGGGCUCAGUGAAGGUGUCAAUACAAUAAAAAAGCGAACUGGUUGAAACACAAA